GAAAAGUUCCCGCAAAGAUUUCCAGGGAGUGAAGUGAACCCUAGUCCACAAUCCCAAAAUUUCCCUGAAAUCAAAUCCACUCCCUCCCUCCCUCCCUCCCCCCGGGAUUUAGAUUCAGCAAUGGCGUCGCUGGUGCCCGUCGACGAUAACUCCAAUACGAAAUCAGAGGAGGGAACAAUGGCGUUUCACAAGAAGCGGGCUCGGCGCGUGAGCUUUGCAGAGAACACAUCUGUUCACAUAUUUGACCGUGAUGAAGACUCAGGAACUCCAUUGGAGCCUAAGCCUCCUAGUUCUCCAUCAGAUGAAUUAGGUUCGGGUGAGCUCAAUCAUGAACGGGGCCAGUUGUUCUGGAAUGUAGAUGAAGAUGAUAAUGAUAACAAUAACGAAGAUGAUGACAUGGAUGAGCCCGGAUCAAGGAGUCCGUUUUUGCGGUUUAUUGGGUCUCCGUCCUCCGGUGGAAGUACAAUUGGCUCUGCUAACUCCAACGACGAAGAUAAUUUUUUUGGUCCUGUAUCAGCAAAUUUUAUCAGACGAGAUUUACUGGACUCUUCAGCUUCAGAUGCAAAUCAUGAUCAAACUAUGGAUUCAACAGCCUUUUCAAUGCAUUUUCGUAGCAUUGCUAGGUCAGACUCAGAAGUGGAAUUGAAAACCUCAACUGGGGUCCACCUUUCCUUUGAUGAGAAAACCCCAACUCAUGAUUCUGUUCCCAAUAACACAGGAAAUUCAAUGUUAAUGACACUAGCUAAGAAGCCAGAUUAUCGACCUUCUUUAUCCACCUCCAAAUUAAGCACUGCAUCUGAGUCGAAUGAUAUGAGUAUUGUUGGAGAAUAUCACUAUAAGUAUGACUAUGGAGAACUAUCUCCUACAUUGGAUGCACUCAUGGCAGACCCUUCUGGUGUUUCUAUCUUGAAAUCACCAAGAAAUGUUGAAGCAACCAUGGAAAAUGGGGAUAACCUCAUGGAUUUGAGUUGUAAUGAAGAUAAUGAUUUACAAGGGAUUAGUGGUCAUGAGUUGGUCAAUGUUGAUGCAUUUCAGAUAAAGUCAAACUUAGGCUUCUCUACAAUUGGUCAAGGCAAUCCUAGUCCUAAAACCACAAUUUAUAUAAAUGAUGUUAUUGGAAAGGAACAUAAAUCUCCUUUUAUAGAUGAUGUUAUUCCAUCUAAAUCACCAAUGUAUGUGACUCCUUCUCAUAAUCAUUCAAGUGUUUUUGUAAGAACAGAAGAUCAAGAACAUGUUUUGAGUAUUCAAUCCAUGCAAAAAAGCAUUUCCAAACUCAAGAUGCUUAAAGCUUCUCCCUUUUCUGCUGCUUUGAGUGCUAAACUUGAAGAUUCAAUCAUCAAAUCUGUCACCAGACCCUCUAAGAUGACUCCUUUGAAUGCUUUGUUGGAGAAAAACGACAAAAGUCCUUUACUUAAUUCUAUAAAAGACAGUGGUCAUUUAUCAUCUGAUGUUCAGAAAAAGAGAGCAAGAGAAAGUUCAACAAACAUGGAUGAUAUUAGGUUUGAGACACCAAAUAAUAUUGUCCCUGUGACUCGUUUGCAAAAGAUUGUUGAAAUUGCAUCACCAUUGUUGAUACCACAUGAAAGCACACACUCUAAAAACACAACUGUUUUGCCUCAAAGUUUGGAUUUUUCUUCACAGAAAAGGUUAAAGGUUGUAAAUACAACAGAAUUUAGAAGCAGCCCCUUGAGGAUAGAAAAAUCUGGUUCAUUAGUUUCUUCCACUCAAGAUGAAAUGGUGGAUAUUAGGGAGGUUUCUCUUCAUGAGGUUUGUUGUGACUCAAAAACUAAAGAUAACCCUACAAUCUUAUUGAAAAAUGAAGAACAUGAGAAGUUUGAAGAUAAGUUUAUGGGAAGUGACAUUGUUCUUGAAGAGAUGAAAGGAACUUCUCCUGUUUUUGAUGAAGGGACAGAUAAACAAUCUUGGAAGAAGAAUUUGCAUGAUCAGUUUUGUGAAAGCCCUUCAAAUAAACAGCCAUGCAAUAACAAUUCACUGCAAGAUGAAGAUAUGAUGGUUGAGAUAACUGCUACAACUCACACAAGUCCAAAAGCUCAUGUAGACCCUGAAAUCUUAAAUGGAAAUGAAAUAUCAACAAUUGUGCAAAAAUUAAACAAUCCGAAUGAGAUAAAGACAAUGGUUUCUAUUGAAAUGAAGAAACUUUUAUCUCAAUCUGUUGAUAAGUUUAAUUUGCAUGUGAUUGAUCGUUUAUCAGACAUUGUGGAUCAACUUUUAAUGUCAAAAACAUAUCAGCUUCUCUCUGAUGAAAUCCAGUCUCAGGUUGGCAAAAAAAGUGUAGAUAUCAGCAAAAAACUACAACAUAAAAGAGCCUCAGAAAUAAAAUUGCUCUUGUGCAAAUUUGUACAUGAGAAAGCAAAGUUGCAGUUAAUGCAAGUGAAACAAGAGAUGUUACUGAAAAGGGUAAAAUCACUUGCAUCUGGAAUAUCGGAGUCUGAAGAAUUAAAGUCAAACUUCCCGCCAAAAAAACUUUCAAGUGAGUCAAUGUCAGUCAAAAUGAAGGACAUUCAAGAGAGCCAAAUUGAGAGUGACAAAGUGUCUUCAACAAGACUGGAAUUAAAUCAUAUUGACCAAAAAAUUGAAAGUUUGACCAAAUCUUUUCACAAGUCAUGUAAGAUGAAAGAAGAACUGAGCUCCCUUGAUACCAUCACAUUUGUUAAUAAUCAUUUGAGGAAGCAAGCAUGCUGCCAGAUCAUACGAAAGGAUGUUCAGCUUUGGGUUGUAGACAAUCUGAAGAAUAGGAACGGUUGCCACAGUGUUGAUCUCAAUUAUCUUGACUUAAUGACUCAAAGGUUAUCACUAAAUGCUGGUCGAGUCCCGAGUGUUUCCAUUUCUUAUGAAUUGAAUGAUGUAAAUAUUAGCAAGAUCUUCAAAGAUAUGGAAGCUUGCACUGCAUUUAGAUUUGUAUUUAAUGGUGGAGCAACACAGAAGCAUGUUGAUGGGACAAACUUGGCAAAAGAAACUCAAGUGACUGGUGCCCUUUUUGGUAAUUUAUUAGAUGUAAUGGAAGAAAUACAACAUUCAAGAAUACAGCUUAAAAACCUAAUUUCUACAAGAUUUCGCACACCCUUAGCGGAUCAACUUGACCUAGAGCUCUGUUUCUUUAAUCCAAAACAUCGCAUGAAGGCAACAGUCACUUUAAACUUUUCAUGUUUAAAAAGGGGUAUAUAUCCAUCCGAGAUCAUUCCAUAUCAAAUUCACAUUCCAGCCAAUCAACAAUCAAAAUCCUCACCAAUACUUGCGGAUGAGAUUACAGCAACACUUAAAAAUCUUAAAACGGGAUUUUUAAGGAUUCAACGGGUAUGCAGUUGCAUUUCCAACAAGGUAAAUACUAAAUUAUAGAUCGAGAAAGAGAGACAGUUUUUGUAGUCAACACCAUGUUCCCUUUUAGACUUAGAGAAUACCAAAAUUUGUAUUAUUUAUUUAUUUA